ACAAGAGUUAGUAAUCAAUUGUACUGUUGAUUAAAUAGCUAUCGUUGGAUAACACGUGUCAAAGAUGUCAAUCCCGACUUUCAUCGAUAUCACCGAAACGGAACAGUGCGAAGAACUGCGCGAAUACUUGACGUCUUUGGGCGCAACUUUGGGUCAAAAGAGCGACACUUUUGUGUCUGAAUUGAAGCAAAUAAUCGGCGUUUCGGACACUCUGUUGACUGAAUCGGACAAAGACGCCGACACUGAGUCGGUUCUCAACUCAAUUGUCUCUCUUUUGUUGACUUCAGUUCCGCAAUCUUCACCCGAAUGUUCGCUUCUUGUGAAUCACUUUUGCGAACAACUAUUGAAAGCAAAUAACGCAAAGACUUCUUUGGUUUGUCUUCGAGUUCUGAAGAAUCUGUUUUCGGGACUCAUUGACGUCGAUCUUCGGUUCCGUGUUUACGAGACUUUGGUUCGAUUGGCGGCCAUUUCUCUUCAGAUUGGACUCGUUUUCGAAGACACUCUCAAACUGAAGGAAUGGUUUCCCGUGAAGACUGUUGGAACCGAAAGAUGGCAACGAUUGCUACGACUUCUCCACGAAGUCCUCCUCAGUGCCAAACAGUCGGAAGCGGCGUCACGUGUUCUCAUAGAGUUGUUGUCGACUUAUACUGAAGACAACGCUUCUCAGGCUCGCGACGAUGCGCACCGGUGUAUUGUCUUCUUUCUGUCCGAUCGAAACACUUUCCUAAUGGACCACUUGUUGGCUCUAAAACCGGUCAAAAUCCUCGAAGGAGAACCCAUUCACGACUUACUGACCAUUUUUGUGGCCGAAAAACUGUCCGCUUAUAUCAAGUUCUAUAACGCGCGCAAAGACUUUGUCGACAGUUUGGGAUUAAAUCACGAGCAAAACCUGCAGAAAAUGCGAUUAUUGACUUUCAUGCAAAUGGCCGAAUCGCGCAAAGAAAUCCCGUUCGACGCCAUUCAACACGAUCUUCAGCUAAAUCCAGAUCAGGUCGAGUCAUUCGUCAUCGACGUUCUUCGCACGAAAUUGGUGCGCGCGAAAGUGGAUCAAGUGAACCAUCGUGUUCUUGUGUCUUCUACAAUGCACCGAACCUUCGGAAGACCGCAAUGGAUUCAAUUGCGCGAAACUUUGCAUAAAUGGGCCCAAAAUUUGGCUAAAGUUCAGCACACGGUUCACGUGGCCACUUCUCGAGUGGAUUCUGUCGGCGCGUAA